AUGGUGGUGAAUUCAGUUCGUGGCGUCGUCUCGUACCUGGGUUCCGGUGCGGGUCCUCGUGAUGCUGUGCGUGCCCUCGACCGGACUCACCUGUCCGGCCGCUGGAAUCCGGCUGGAAUGUACGGUGGACCAUCGGGACCCUCGGUACCGCUAGGACCCGGCUACACGGCACUGGAUGGUGGCGGUGGUGGACCCUCUGGCGGCGGCGGUGGUGGUGGUGCCUUCUAUCAUCAUCCGGUGCACCAUCCGCUGGUGGGCGCUGCGGACAGUUCGCAAGGCUACGGGAUGAGGUUUAGUUCGGGUGAGGGAUACGGAGGAUACGGUGGCAUCAGCAGCAGCAGCAGCAGCAGCAGUGGCCACGGGGGUUACGAUUAUCAUCCACCACCACCGCCCAUCCACUCUCAGCCACCCAUCAUCCAUUCGCAUCCUCCCGUGCACCUGCUGGCGUCGUACUCGAGUGGUGGCCAUUCGUCGAUUGGUAAAUCGCAUCGCGGGAAGGGUGCGGCCCUGUCCGCGCUGACGCUGCUCGCCUUCCUCUACUUUCUCAAUAUGCUGCAGAGUUGCCUGAAGGAGCAUAUGACCACGAUGAAUCCGACGGUGAUGGUCAUGACGGCUGGUGCGACGCGCCGGAAGGACAUUGUAGUAGCCGUGACGGAGCAGGACCGUAGCUCGGACGAGAGUGUUGAGGAGGCGGAAGAGGACGCUGAUGAUCCGGUCGAUGGUGAGGCCAUCGAAAGGUUUGAAGCGAUCUCGCGUCGCUAUCAGCUCCUCACAUCAUCCAACCAAACACUCAACCCUUACGUCAAACCGUCAACACGCCCGACAAUGCGGAAAAGGAUAUCGGAAACAACUUCCCGGAACCAGCAGCAUCAGCAGGAGCAAUGGCGUCAACCAACAACAACCAGGAGUAGCAGACCAGCCAUCCGCUACGGACCGGAUCAUGCCGGAAGUGAUUGGCGCACGAGCGAACGCGGCCAACACUGA